AUGGGUCAUCCACCUAUGGUUUGUGUUGCUCAGGAUAUUUGUAAAGGCACACCAAUUGAAGACCCGAUAUUGUUAAAAAAAUUAUUAGAAUUAUCUGAUAGCAAAACAGAGCGUUUACCUGGCUUGCUGCCUUUUGUUCCAGGCAUGCCUAUUAUUUUGACACAAAAUAUUGCUACUGAACUUGGUCUCAUCAAUGGUAUUAAUGGAACCUUUCGACAGCUAGUAUACCAUGAAGAAUCGGUAUCAACAGAAACUUUAUCUGAAAUGUUCCCAAACAAUGCAAAAUAUAUGCUUUGA